CCUCCUCUUCCACUAUUUCCAACCCCACUGAGCCAACAGCAGUGUAAUAAUUUACUUCCUGCAAUAAGCCACUCCUUGAAAAUAUUUUUGUGACCUUCAGACUAGUUCAUGAAAAAGAAAAACAACAGGAGCAAGGCAAGUGGACGCAACCAAGGCUACAGUGUGGCAGACAGCAUUCUCCAGCUUCCUGAAAGACCUUAAGAACCUGGCUUCCUAGAAGUUCUUCCAUUAGCAGGAGAGAUGACCUCAACAUUUCUAGGAGAAGGACACAUGAAAGCUUAGACCUCCAAGUCAGCUGCUCUGUACACCCUCUGCAAACACGAACAGCGCUGGUCAAGCGUCAACAUUUCCUAACCUGUGUGUGAAUUCCCAGGCUGAUGUGAUGCACUCUCCUGGGCCACAGACUGUCUUUACAUCGCUGGGGAAGACAAAAGAUCUCAUAAAACACGGGCGAGAGCGAAUUGAACAGACUAUCAAAGCCUCCAAUUCCAGGCUGUGUUCCUAUGUUGAAAGGGCAGGAUUCUUAAUGGACCGUUCCAGAAGCACAGAUAAUAGUGGCCAGUUUCAGCCAACAUCACCAACUGACAUCAAUCUUGGACCUUCUGCAAAUCCCAAUGCCAAGCCAACAGAUUUUGACUUCCUAAAGAUAAUUGGCAAAGGUAGCUUUGGAAAAGUCCUUCUGGCAAAACACAAGUCUGAUGGGCAGUUCUAUGCUGUGAAAGUUCUGCAGAAGAAAUCCAUUAUCAAGAAAAAAGAGCAAAAUCACAUCAUGGCUGAGCGUAAUGUGCUGCUGAAAAAUGUGAAACACCCAUUCCUUGUGGGGCUCCAUUAUUCCUUCCAGACAAAAGAGAAACUCUACUUUGUACUGGACUAUGUAAAUGGAGGAGAGCUGUUCUUCCACUGUGUAUAGUCCAAGCCAGAACCCUUUCGUCCUCGAGCCCGUUUUUAUGCAGCUGAAGUUGCCAGUGCAGUGGGAUACCUCCAUUCACUGAACAUCAUCUACAGGGACUUAAAACCUGAAAAUAUCCUCUUGGACUGCCAGGGUCAUAUUGUACUAACAGAUUUUGGACUCUGUAAAGAAGGAAUGGAGCCAGAGGAAACAACAUCUACAUUCUGUGGCACCCCAGAGUAUUUGGCUCCAGAAGUGCUGAAGAAGGAGCCCUAUGACAGAACCGUUGACUGGUGGUGCCUUGGAUCAGUUCUCUAUGAAAUGCUGUUUGGCUUGCCUCCCUUUUACAGCCGAGAUUUGUCUCAGAUGUAUGACAACAUUCUGUACAAGCCGCUGCAGAUUCAAGGAACCAAGACCAUGGCAGCUUGUGACAUCUUGCAAGGACUUCUCCAUAAAGAUAAGAAGCAGAGGCUGGGAGCCAAGACUGAUUUUCUUGAGAUACAGAACCAUGUAUUCUUUAGCCCCAUAAACUGGGAUGACCUGUAUCAUAAGAGAAUCACUCCUCCAUUUGAUCCCAAUGUGGCUGGUCCUGCUGAUCUACGGCAUUUUGACCCAGCGUUCACACAGGAAGCUGUCUCCAGCUCCAUCAUUCGCACCCCUGACUUUGAAGCUUGCAGUUCCAGUGCCACAGAUGAUUUUUUGGGUUUUUCUUAUGCACCAAAUGAUGAACGUUAAUGUUGGCAAGGCCUGGCCUUCCCACCUCUACCUUUUAUAGCUUGGUUUUAAUUCAUUGAGAAGAGAGUUUCAACAGUUCGACUAACCCUCAAACUAGAACAGAACCAAACUCUCCCUAGUUUUGAACUGUAGAAGACCUCACAAUGUGAAUGUUCCUCUGGCUGCGGAAAUGCUGAGUAUACUAGUUAGAUUUUUAAUGAUGUAGUCUUCUUACAAAAUUAAGUCAUCCUGCAGGAACAAAGGAUAACCAUGUGUCUUGGGUCUAUUAAGGGGGACCAAAGAUAUGCUAGCUAUUUUGGUUUCAGACACUGCAGAUUUCUUACCUGCAUAUUCAUAUUCUUGCUUUACUUCCUUUACCUGUAAGUCUUCCCAAUUGAUUGCAUUCUUAGACCUUUCACUCCUUGACUCCUUUGAUCCCAUUCAGAUUUGGUUUAGAAAAAUUCCUAUGAUUCCCAGAGAAUACCUUUGGGGCUAGAUAGAGAAGUUUGUUCUUCCAGUCUCUAGACAGUCCCUCUAUUAUUUGCCACCUCUUUUCUCCACUCUUUGCACAGCAUUUUGUAUUCUCUGUUUCCAAACUGAUGCACCUGGACCAUUUUUUCUGCAUUCCUGACUAGAUGUCACACCACCUGUUUGUGCAUGUGUUUUUUCCCCGAAAAUGUGUGAGCGCUACUCCAUAGAUGAUCUGCACAAGGUGGGAAAGUUGCAGCCCAUGUUUCCCCUCACCUCCCAUCCUACCAGUAUUAGAUUCAGGGACCUGUAAUGGUGAUUUCAUCUUGGAAAUGGCACCAAUUGUUCUUUGCCUACAUUUUUAGGGAUCUUGUUCAUUCCUAAAUGUUUGGUCACACUGCCUCUUUUCAGCAUAGAUGGAGAAAGGCAAUUGAUUUAAAUGUACACACACACACAUAUAAAGAAGAAAAAUAGGGCAUCUUAAAAGGCCUACUGAAUGCUGGUGAGCAUUAAAGAAAUACUGCCAAGACUCAAACUUUUAUUUCUAAAACAAAGGCCAAUUGUAGAAGAUGUAAUAUUUUCACUAGCGGGACCACUAUACAGGAUGGUUUAUGCCACCAUAUUAUCUGAUCCAUAGUCUUCUAUAGUCUGUUGCUGAUGGACCAAUUUGCUGGAACUCUUCAAUUGCUGUUUUUAAUUUUUAAUUUUGAAACUUAAAUCUCUAGACUAGAUGUGGUCUUUCUAUACAAUGUUGGAUUGAAUGACCCUAGUAUCUGAUGGUUCUGACGCUAACAGAUUUCCUGAAACCAAUAAAGUCUAUAUAAACCCCU